AUGUUUGGUAACGUAUUCAAUCCUGCCUUAUUGUACCCUAAAAGUUCCACUGUGGACAAUUCCUGCUCGAGGAAACUCUUUAAUGACCUUGAUCCUGAUAACGUGCCUGGCUACUCCCAUGUCUGCAACCUGGCCAGUUUCCUGGUGACCCUGAGAGAGCAGGCCACUGGCCUCAGUACAAACCAGGCACUCAAUGUCAUCAGGCUGUGGGAUUCUUUGUCAGACUUUGACAAAACCAGGACACGGUUUCCCCAAAGGUUCUCGUCAGCUGGGUCAGGACGCUUCAAAAGCCCGAAGAAAAAUGUGGCGCUAGGAGUGACCAGUAUAGAAAGAGCUGUCCUUGGGCCAAACUCCACCAGAGCAAACUGGCCAGAUUGCAACAGGUAUGUGGAGGCUACUGUGGAGAAGUUGUUGCUCUGCUACCCAAGUGACAGGCGUAUCAAGAAUGCUCCAUUCAUGUCACGAUGGACACUAAUCAAGGAAGGCUAUUCCAGGAUCCAGUUCCUGAUUACAUCCAGCAGAAGGGUCCUGGAUAGCACUGAUAUUCAGCUUCCGAGUCUCAACCAGAAGACUAUUCAACAGUGGUACAACAAAAAGGGGAAGGAGAGGGAUCUCAAGAUCCUAAUGCAAGGCAUUGCUCUUCCAUCAGCUUCUAUGACUGGACAAGGAGCACCAGCACCAAAACCGAAGCCAGUGUCUUUGCAGUCUGGACAGACUCCUCCCUUCCAGUUUCAGUGUCCACCUGAUACUGCUGGCAUGGCCAAGCUAAAGAAAAGGAUUGUAAAAGCGCCAUUAACACCAGCUUUGCUACGGCCAAUCCUCCCUAUGCCUUCUUCACCUGCCUCUGCACCUGUACAGUUCCAAGUGAUAGUGACACCACCACUGCCCACAUCAAUGGUACCAACUGUACAGCCAGGACAGAAGAGGAAAGCUGUGGAUGCAGGGAUGGCCAAGAAAAGAAAGACCGCAACUGUCAAGUGCCCUAAGUGUGGAGAAGAGAGAACACCUCCCACUCACCAACAAUACAUGGGCUUCAGAUACUGUGGGAAGACAGGGACAAGUUCCUUUGAUGAAUGGAGGGCAAGUUUGAAAGAAAAGGGUGUUGCCAGGAAAAAGAAAGAUCCGCAGUAGAGCCAUGUGGAGUCUGCAGAAGGGCAGCCAGUUUCAACAGUAAAGCCUCCUCAGUCAUCUGUUGCUACCAUACAUUUAUAUGUAGGACAAUUUGUGGAGCAAGAAAUGGUAGCAACAAAAGCCAUAAAAAUUUU